AGAUUGUAAAUGAAAUGACACUGCUGAGAUUUUCCUUUCCUUUCUUCCUCUCAGAUACGUCACGACGGGUCCAACAGUUAUCGUCUGAUGCAACUCGGUUGCCUCGAGAGCGUCGCCAACUCUUCGGUGGCCUACAGCUCGUCCUCGCCGCUCACAGCCUACCCCCCGGCGGCCACAGAGUUCGCCUCGCCCUACUUCUCAACCAACCACCAGUACACCCCCCUGCACCACCAGUCCUUCCACUAUGACUUCCAGCACUCCCACCCAGCCGUGGGCCCAGAAGCAUAUGGCCUCAACUCUCUCCACUCCGGGCAGUACUACCAGCAGAUUCACCAUGCAACACAUGGAGAUGCAGACUUCAUCAACCUGCACAGUGCCCGUGCACUCAAGUCCUCGUGCCUGGAUGAUCAGCAGAGGCGCGAGUUGGGCUGCCUGGACGCUUACCGGCGACAUGACCUGUCUUUGAUGACGUCACACGGUGGACAGUAUAGCAUGCACCACGACCAGAGGCUGCUGCCUGCGGCAGGUCUGGGGCUCCCAACCCCUGGGGCGGAUGACCUGCAGGGCUCCGUCGAGGCGCAGUGCGGGCUCAUGCUCAAUGGCCAAGGUGGCGUCAUCCGAAGAGGAGGUACCUGUGUGGUGAACCCGACAGAUCUGUUCUGCUCUGUCCCUGGCCGUCUGUCCCUCCUGAGCUCAACCUCCAAAUAUAAAGUCACCAUCGCUGAGGUGAAGAGACGCCUCUCGCCUCCAGAGUGUCUCAACGCCUCACUACUGGGAGGAAUCCUCCGCAGAGCUAAGUCUAAGAAUGGUGGUCGUUGUCUGAGAGAGAAGUUGGAUCGACUUGGACUCAACCUGCCAGCUGGUCGGAGAAAAGCUGCCAACGUUACACUCCUCACCUCUCUGGUGGAAGGUGAGGCGCUCCACCUGGCUAGAGACUUUGGUUAUACGUGUGAGACAGAGUUUCCUACCAAGGCAGUAGGAGAACACCUUGCCAGUCAACACAAUGAACCCAAGGAGACCAACGCACGCAAGAAAAUGGUGCUGGCCACCAAGCAGAUCUGUAAAGAGUUUCAGGACCUGUUGAGUCAGGACCGUUCUCCUCUUGGCUCCUCCAGACCCACACCUAUACUGGACCUGGAUAUACAGAGACACCUCACACACUUCAGUCUGAUCACCCAUGGGUUUGGGACUCCGGCGGUGUGCGCAGCUCUUAGCACCUUCCAGACCGUUCUCAGUGAGAUGCUCAACUUCCUGGACAAACAAUCUGCCGCUGGGAACCAUGGGAAAACCUCAGGUCAGGAGACGGAAAAGACCGGAAACGCCCGUAAAAACAGCGAACCGCUCAAUAAAGAGGAGAAAGCUGAAAAGACAGAGUAACCCCUUCCCUGUGCCUUGGGAGGAUAAGCUAUGGAGGCAGAUAUGUUUAUUAAUUCUGAACAACAGGGAGUAGAGACAUGGACUUCUGGUCACCGCCAUCUGGGAGCCAACGGGAGAGGAGCACACUGUUCUUCCUUCAGCCUCCACCUGAACAGUGCAAUUAAUGCCAUCAGAGUGUUUACCAUUUUAGAAUUGUGAGACUGGGGUCUGGGGUUACCGUGUUGGUGAGAGUUUGAGCCUGGGGUUACCAUGUUGGUGAGAGUGUGAGACUGGGGUUACCAUGUUGGUGAGAGUGUGAGACUGGGGUCACUAUGUUGGUGAGACUGGGGUCUGGGGUUACUAUGUUGGUGAGAGUGUGAGACUGGGUUACUAUGUUGGUGAGAGUGUGAGACUGGGUUACUAUGUUGGUGAGAGUGGAGACUGGGGUUACUAUGUUGGUGAGAGUGUGAGACUGGGGUUACUAUGUUGGUGAGAGUGUGAGACUGGGGUUACUAUGUUGGUGAGAGUGUGAGACUGGGGUUACUAUGUUGGUGAGAGUGUGAGACUGGGGUUACUAUGUUGGUGAGAGUGUGAGACAGGGGUUACUAUGUUGGUGAGAGUGUGAGACAGGGGUUACUAUGUUGGUGAGACUGGGGUCUGGGGUUACUAUGUUGGUGAGAGUGUGAGACUGGGUUACUAUGUUGGUGAGAGUGUGAGACUGGGGUUACUAUGUUGGCAUAAGUGUGAGACUGGGUUACUAUGUUGGUGAGAGUGUGAGACUGGGUUACUAUGUUGGUGAGAGUGUGAGACUGGGGUUACUAUGUUGGCAUAAGUGUGAGACUGGGUUACUAUGUUGGUGAGAGUGUGAGACUGGGGUUACUAUGUUGGUGAGAGUGUGAGACUGGGGUAACUAAGUUGGUGAGACUGGGGUCUGGGGUUACUAUGUUGGUGAGAGUGUGAGACUGGGGUCACUAUGUUGGUGAGACUGGGGUUACCAUGUUGGUGAGACUGGGGUUACCAUGUUGGUGAGACUGGGGUUACCAUGUUGGUGAGACUGGGGUUACCAUGUUGGUGAGACUGGGGUUACCAUGUUGGUGAGACUGGGGUUACCAUGUUGGUGAGACUGGGGUUACCAUGUUGGUGAGACUGGGGUUACCAUGUUGGUGAGACUGGGGUUACCAUGCUGGUGAGAUUGUGAGACUGGGCUUACUAUGUUGGUGAGAUUGUGAGAGUGGGGUUACUAUGUUGGUGAGAGUGGGGUUACUAUGUUGGUGAGACUGGGGUUACUAUGUUGGUGAGAUUGUGAGACUGGGGAUACUAUGUUGGUGAGAUUGUGAGACUGGGGAUACUAUGUUGGUGAGAUUGUGAGACUGGGGUUACUAUGUUGGUGAGAGUGUGAGACUGGGCUUACUAUGUUGGUGAGAGUGUGAGACUGGGCUUACUAUAUUGGUGAGAGUGUGAGACUGGGUUUACUAUGUUGGUGAGACUGGGGUUACUAUGUUGGUGAGAUUGUGAGACUGGGGUUACUAUGUUGGUGAGAUUGUGAGACUGGGGAUACUAUGUUGGUGAGAUUGUGAAACUGGGGAUACUAUGUUGGUGAGAUUGUGAGACUGGGGUUACUAUGUUUGUGAGAUUGUGAGACUGGGGUUACUAUGUUGGUGAGACUGAGCUUACUAUGUUGGUGAGACUGGGCUUACUAUGUUGGUGAGAGUGUGAGACUGGGCUUACUAUGUUGGUGAGAGUGUGAGACUGGGCUUACUAUAUUGGUGAGAGUGUGAGACUGGGGUUACUAUGUUGGUGAGAGUGGAGACUGGGGUUACUAUGUUGAUGAGAGUGUGAGACUGGGGUUACUAUGUUGGUGAGAGUGUGAGACUGGGGUUACUAUGUUGGUGAGAGUGUGAGACUGGGGUUACUAUGUUGGUGAGAGUGUUAGACUGGGGUUACUAUGUUGGUGAGAGUGUGAGACUGGGGUUACUAUGUUGGUGAGACUGGGGUUACUAUGUUGGUGAGAUUGUGAGACUGGGGUUACUAUGUUGGUGAGAUUGUGAGACUGGGGUUACUAUGUUGGUGAGAUUGUGAGACUGGGGAUACUAUGUUGGUGAGAUUGUGAGACUGGGGAUACUAUGUUGGUGAGAUUGUGAGACUGGGGAUACUAUGUUGGUGAGAUUGUGAGACUGGGGAUACUAUGUUGGUGAGAUUGUGAGACUGGGGUUACUAUGUUGGUGAGACUGAGCUUACUAUGUUGGUGAGACUGGGCUUACUAUGUUGGUGAGACUGGGCUUACUAUGUUGGUGAGAGUGUGAGACUGGGCUUACUAUGUUGGUGAGAGUGUGAGACUGGGCUUACUAUAUUGGUGAGAGUGUGAGACUGGGGUUACUAUGUUGGUGAGAGUGGAGACUGGGGUUACUAUGUUGAUGAGAGUGUGAGACUGGGGUUACUAUGUUGGUGAGAGUGUGAGACUGGGGUUACUAUGUUGGUGAGAGUGUGAGACUGGGGUUACUAUGUUGGUGAGAGUGUUAGACUGGGGUUACUAUGUUGGUGAGAGUGUGAGACUGGCGUUACUAUGUUGGUGAGAGUGUUAGACUGGGGUUACUAUGUUGGUGAGAGUGUGAGACUGGGGUUACUAUGUUGGUGAGACUGGGGUUACUAUGUUGGUGAGAGUGUCAGACUGGGGUUACUAUGUUGGUGAGACUGGGGUUACUAUGUUGGUGAGAGUGUGAGACUGGGGUUACUAUGUUGGUGAGAGUGGAGACUGGGGUUACUAUGUUGAUGAGAGUGGACACUGGGGUUACUAUGUUGGUGAGAGUUUUAGACUGGGGUUACUAUAUUGGUGAGAGUGUGAGACUGGGGUUACUAUGUUGGUGAGAGUUUUAGACUGGGGUUACUAUGUUGGUGAGAGUGUGAGACUGGGGUUACUAUGUUGAUGAGAGUGGAGACUGGGGUUACUAUGUUGAUGAGAGUGGAGACUGGGGUUACUAUGUUGAUGAGAGUGGAGACUGGGGUUACUAUGUUGGUGAGAGUGUGAGACUGGGGUUACUAUGUUGGUGAGAGUGUGAGACUGGGGUUACUAUGUUGGUGAGAGUGUGAGACUGGGGUUACUAUGUUGGUGAGAGUGUUAGACGGGGGUUACUAUGUUGGUGAGACUGGGGUUACUAUGUUGGUGAGAGUGUUAGACUGGGGUUACUAUGUUGGUGAGAGUGUGAGACUGGGGUUACUAUGUUGGUGAGACUGGGGUUACUAUGUUGGUGAGAGUGGGGUUACUAUGUUGGUGAGAGUGUGUGUGUGCGCCUCUGUGUGCGCCUCUGUGUGCGCCUCUGUGUGCGCCUCUGUGUGCGCCUCUGUGUGCGCCUCUGUGUGCGCCUCUGUGUGCGCCUCUGUGUGCGCCUCUGUGUGCGCCUCUUGCUUGCCUGUGUGUGUGUGUGAGUCCAGAUUUCUGAGACUAGUCCAUUUUGUAAUGAUGACUAUUCAGUUGCCAUAGAAACAGUUUGUUGUGCAUGUCUAUCUUUGUACACUCCCCAGAACUAUGUUUACGACACAAGCUCUUU